AUGACCAUUUGGAUCUCCCUGGUCACCUUUGUCCAGACUGAAACAAGGGGAUUCGCUCAUCCUUUGAAGGCCGCGCGCGCCGAGUGCCUGAGGUCGCGGAUGCGCGUGGAUCUACCUUCUAGUGCUGUUCUAAGAUCGCUUCGUAGCCCGCUACGACAGUCCCUCGUCUCUGGGUCGGUCGACAAAGUUACUCAACGCAAGCAGGCAGCAGUAGUCAGCCACCGAAGUCUACAGAGCUCCGAGGAAGACCUCAGUGUCCGAUCUAGCCUGCGAUCGGACAUAACGGAAAGCGACGAGGAGCCCCCGGAUGAAGAUGCCGAUGAGUCUCCCUUCGACCCUCAAACAAGUGAUCGAUCUUCAAUGUACGGUAUCUUCUCAUACAUGCCUCCGCGGAGAGUUGAUUCUACUGAGACCGAUACAUCUCGAGAUUCCUCGCUCCACAACCAAUCGAAUGCUUUUGGGAGUGGUGAUGUCACUGUACCAGCGGCCCAUUUCCAAGCAGAGAUCGCAGUACUCCCCUCGUACACUCCGUCCCUCGUUGCCGAGCGCGAUAGCCAAGCCUAUGUGCUCGACUCGGAUUCCGAGCGGACAUCUUCAGCGAGCAGAACACAGUCCCCCCUCACAGAUCACGGGCCUUACGAGCUUGAAGACACCUCCAUCGCACCUUCCGAAAUCUACGAAUUGGCGGACACAUCGAUCCGCUCGGGGCAUCCAACGGGGUACACUUCGGACCCUUAUUAUGUGACUCAGGCGGGACCGAGCUAUGAAUCUCGGACAGGUCGUGACAUCGCCGGAGAGACCAGUCGCCGCCGGACCCAACACCAAACCACAGUCGAUGCCACUGAGCCUACAGAGGUUUACGAACUUCCAGCCUAG